AUGCGAUCAAAGCACAAGCAAGUGGCAUAUUUAAUAGGAACUCCGGUAACUUCAGCAAAGCUGGUGGUUAUCGAAAUUAUCGUGAGAAACGAGAAUAAUUUUCAACAUGCUCAAAGAUAUCUAUCCAUAGAAUUAGUCAGUAACGGAACACACAGCUCCUCCACAAAACGGAUUGCCCAAAUUCUUAUUAAAAAUUAUGACCCUGAAGACUUCAUUUAUCAUUCUAAUGGUCAAGAACUUCGGAAACAGUUAAUUUUGUCAAUCCAUGCCUUUUGCAAAGAUAAUCUCACCUACAUAUUUAACUUACUGCCGGCUGUCACAGCACCACCAGAAGAGCUGAUCACUAUGGGAAAGCAAAAAUUUGGAACCUUUGUACAAAUUGGGACGCAAAAGCCAGAAUUCCAUGCCAAAGUCGAAAAUCUGGCAAAAGGCAUAGAAAUUAAUCCACAACACUGUAAACGAGCCGGAGCCUAUCAAAGAGACUUCCUACCGACGUUUGAUAUAGACUGGUGCAAGUUCAAAGUCCAACCCGUGAUCCCUUUGCAUUCCGAAAUGAAGAAGACGCAGCAGUUACCAAUCACUGCCCCAUCGUCAUCAGUCGACGAGUCUUCACUAGUCAAACCAGACAGACUUCCAUUCGAAAUUGAUGAUUUAUCAGUCACGACAAGAAAUGUUCCCUAUGUUGGGCGUCAUGUGCAUUCUGUUUCUGAUCUUACUAAAGAACAACUGGAGGAAUACGUAAAUGUUCGGGAAAGUCAACAACAUCUGAGAAAUUUGUCGUUGCACAGACAAGUUUUUGAACCACUACUCACGAGGACAAAUCCUGCAACUCCGCUUGAACAAACAUCAGUAGGCAAGCAAACUGUGGCUGAGGCAGCAAAGGCUUGUGGCUCAUCAUUGCACAUGUAUAGAAACCCAUUCGAUCAAGAAUCCAAUGACGAAGAAGAUGAGGACGAAGCGGAAAAUGAAGAAUCUGAGGCAACAAACGAGGAACAAAACUUACCGCUCAAGCUGAAUCAGUAA